AUGACUUACAGGCGGACUUGCCCGUCGCAAGGGCCGCUGGACGAGAGCCCGGACUUCCAGAUCCUGACGUUGAUCGACUUCAGAUUACUGUCUCCGUCAGCACUCACACUACCGACCGCCAGAGACGUCAGACUGUCAUGCAUAGCUCUUGGUUACGAUGAUCCAUCCAGUUCCUAUUUUGGUACUGAUGAUAUUCGUUUCGGCUCUGCCGUAGUAAUAAACGUCAGACAGGAUGCCACAACAGAAACGGCACUCUAUAGUCCAGGACUUCCAGCCAGCCAGUUACGUGGUGUGUUUUGCCAGCCUGACUCGCUCAGCGCUCUGUCGGUGCCAUUUACCAACCUGACAUUUAAUGGAAGUAUUACCAAGCAGCUCGGCCCAAACUUAAUCACGACGCCAAAUAUUGGAAGUCGUCUAGCGACAACGUUGGGUCUCCAAAACGACGGUCUAUCAAUUCGCGCCUCAAUUGGACGGCGAGUUAUUUUUGGCGCUGCGGAUUCAAUCAGUCAUGUUAUUAGUCCAGAUAGUACAAGCCUGAAGUUUUCUAAUCAAACGGACAUCGCGAACCACUGGAUCGUGGCAAUUCGAUUAACUCUUAACCGAGACUGGAGUUGGGAUGGCCUUCAGCCCAAUGGCUUCAUUGUAUCUAGGGACGGCCUUCAAGUCGGCAAGUUUGGCUUGACAAGGGUUGUCAACUCGGAUGCCUUUAGCAACGCUCCUGGUGCAAAGGUAUAUAGGACAGGGACUGAUUUGGUAUUCUUCGACCAAAUCGAUCCUAAGCCGCCCCUGAACACUUUUCCGAAACCCCUCUCGCCUGUAUAUACGAUUACUUGCCUCUUCAAAGGAACUCCACCACCUACAGGCGACCCUCCGUUGGUAUUGAAGUCUCUCACUCUUCCCAUUACAACCCCUCCAGCGCAAGUUCCGACUAUCGUCUCAGCAGGAAUCGCUCUCUCCGCAUUUCUACCCUCUGUGACUUAUUCUUCCACUACUCCUCGUACGAAACGAUUGUGGAUCGAGUUUUCCAGCCCUCCAGCAGACCCCCAGGAUCGCUAUUUCGCUCGAGUGCUCCGCAGGGCCCCCGACCCGCUCUUGUCCAAUCCUGCGCUGGCUUCCGAGCUCACCGAUGUACCAGAACCAGGCCUCGCAAUCAGCGCUGAGCUCACCCGGGUCAUUGUGAACAACGAAGCCGACGACCGAGCGGGUCUCGACGCUAUGCAGCUCAUGACAGCCGCGUCUUCCGUAAACGGCGCCGCACCCGUCCACUACAGCCUCCCUCUGCCACCGGGCACAUCCGCCGACUCUCCCGAACUCUUCGGAUUCUACACCUACGAAAUCCGAUUCGGUCAUUACGGUGUAGAACCCGACCUCGGCGUCUCCUGGAGUACCGCACAAGGCCGCUAUGGCCGACCGUUGCGCGUAGCGGGCGUCCAGCACCCUCCUCCACCGCUAGUUCCCAGCAUUCGCCGCGACGACGCAGAAGAAAUCCACAUCUCCGCGCCGUUUGCCGUGCCGGUUUUGAAUGGCGUGUCCCAGGCACCUAUCCGUAGCCCCGUCACCGCCAUGUGGAUCAUGCUCUAUGCUCAGGUCGCCCAGCUCGACAACGAGGACGGAAGCUCCAGCAACAGCACGGGCAGCUCGACGCGUAAGCAGUUCCGUAACAUCCUCUUGUCGACCGCCCAAGCCCGAGCACCAGUUCCUGGGGAGGGCCAGAGGCUGCCUAGCCGCAUGGUAUUCGGUGAGGCAAGCUUCACGAUAUCGGAACUUGCGACUUUGCUUGCUGCAGUUGGGCUGCGAAAGCAGGCUCCGCUGAGUGUAUUGGCGGUUGAGGUCUUGUCUACUGAUGUGCCCGAUCCGAUGGGUGCAAACCUAGGCCGUGCGAGAGUGCUGCGUACGAGUGAGCUCGUUCCGGUUGUCCCUGGGUGUUAAAUUUACACGGUUGUCUAUGCCACGCCUGUCAAGAUUAAGUUUUUAUAUCGUUUUCGUUUGGAGAAGGUUUGCGAACCGUCUAAUCUUCUGGGUUACUCUUCCUUCAAGCAGUUAGGCCAACCAGUGCUGCUUCCAUCAACGGAAUGAACUAGAGAGUCUGCCUGCAG